ACAGGGGCAGCUGGAUCCAGGUGAAAUCUAACAUGGGAUCUCAUGUCACCGCACCCACUGAUUCUGAUUACAGGGCCCCCUGGGACCAGGCCUAGCUGGUCCUUAUCAAUCGGGCUAGGAUGUGGGCACUUCUCCUAAAGCAGGGUUUCUCCUCUGCACGCUGGGUAAUCCUUUGUUCCAGGCACUGGAUGUGUGGGCAGCAUCCCUGGGCUUUACCCACUAGAUGCCAGUAAUCUGCUCCCCUUGCCAUGACAACUGAGUGUGUCCCCAAACAUUAACAAACAUCCGAACCAGUGCCCUAGGGCUGGAGGUGGGGUAGGAGGCUGGUUGGGGGACAUCGGGGACAGGCAGUGCAGAACAGGAGUCGGGAGCUAGCCUCAGUUUCCUCACCUGUAGAAUGGGAGACUGCGGGUGAUAUGAGAUCCAAAACAACCAUUCAUUCAAACAUUUAUUGAGCAUCUACUACGUGCCAGGCCCUGGCGUGGAACUAUACUGGGGAGGAGAAACACAGGUCUUGGCCUCACUGGAGAAAGAGAGAUGUUAGUCACUGAGUUACAUGAGUGAAUGUAAAAUUUCUUGGUUAAUAAAUGCUCAGAAGUGGAAACACCUGAUGUUCAGUAAGUGCAGAGUAGGGCACCUGGGGAGUUCUGGAGGGCUUCUCAGAGGAGUUGAAAUCAGAGGAUGAGAAUGAGGAACCCAGGGGAGGGGGCAGGUCUGUAGGUACAAGGGCCCUGUGGUGAGUCCCAGUGGUUGGAGCACAGAGGGGACCAGACCUGUGGGAACUGUGCGGGGUGGGGGGCUCCAUGAGUUGGGCAAAGGAGCAUGGUCUUGAUCUGCUGAGGGUUUGGGGCGGGAACGUGGCAUAAUCUAUGUGGUGAAAAGAUCCUUCUGGUAGAUAGUGUCUGUAAAGUGCUUGGCACAGGCAGAGCUGGGAACCCAGAAGAGGUUUGGGUGAGGCCACUGGAGGUUUCAGGUCCCUAAAGAAAUCACAGGGUCCAGGCCCUGCCUUGCUCCAGGAACCGUGGUAUAUUCCAGGAGUGGGGUGGGGGCAGGGAAAGUGGGAUGUUUCUUUAAGUGCAUUUCCGGGGGACGGAGGAGGGACAGCCACCCCUGGGGUGGAGGGCAGGGGUCCCACAGCCGGAAGCUCUUUCUCUCAGUGCCCUGGGCCUAUUUCACGGAAAGAAGCCCGAGGCCCUGGGGCUCCCUGGGCGCAGAAUCUGGAGCUGUGAGCUGUGUCCUGCUGUCCAGGUGCCUUUAAGACCUGGCCGUAUCUCAGGUCUUCAGAGGGCAGACUCUGGGCCCAGCUGCCCAGGUUGUAAGCCCACCUGUGGCCAGCUGGGUGGUCAGCUGUGGGACCUCCCUGAGCCUCUGUGGCAAAAGGGGACGGACCUGCCUUCCAGGGAAGUUGUGAGAAUUGACAUUGUUCACAUACAUUUCUUCACUCGUUCACUCAAUGAAUAGUUAUUAAGCACCUACUGUGUGUCAGGUACUGCUCUAGGCACGGGGGACACAGACAGCGGCUGUCCCUGCCCUCAGGGGCUAGCAUUCUGGUAGCAGAGACAGCGUCAAGCAAACCAAUCAGUCAGUCUCUAAAAAGUAAGGGGGUGGUACGUGUCCUGAAUGAAACACUAAGCAGGGUCAGGAGAGACAAUGGAGGGUUGUGUGUGUGGGUGGGGAUUCAGCCUCCGGGUCAGGACAGACCUUGCCAAGGAGGAGAGACCUGGAGAUGGUGAGGAAGGGACCAAUCAUACGUUUAGCCUUCUCUCUAUCUCCCUUUGAAUCUUCAAGGAUCUUACCGUGGAACUCAGACUGAAUUGAACCCUUGUCUUGUCAGCUGACUUUCUCAGCGGACCCUCAGGCGGCCAUGGACGUGGGUCUCUCAGGCCUUCCGGUUGUAUCUCAGGGUCGCAGCGAGACCCUGCGGGGCAGGGGCCCGGUCGUGCGGCGGCAGCGUGAGUUCACGCCGGCAGAGAAGAAGGACACGGUUUACUGGGAGAAGCGGAGGAAGAACAAUGAAGCGGCCAAGAGGUCCCGGGAGAAGAGGCGCCUCAACGACGCGGCCCUCGAGAGCAGGCUGGCCGCGCUGCUGGAGGAGAACGCUCUGCUCAGGGCUGAGCUGUGGGCGCUCAGGCAUCGCUGUGGCCUUCUGCCCUCCAUUGCCGGCUCCCGGACCCUGCCCCUGCAGGCGCUGCUGUGGGAGCCCCCCUGGACUGGAGAGCUGGGUUCGAGGGCUGAGCCACUCCCCUUCCUCCCCGGCUCCCAUGGCUGCCUUUUGAGGCCAUGCGCUUUGGACACUGGGGUUCCAGGAUGCCGGGGCUGCCUGGUGGCUCACAAGUGGACUGGUCUGGCCUCUUCCCCCAGGUGCCCCCAGGACCCUGCUCCCCACCCCCCCAAGAGGAUGGACAUGGCCUUGCAGGCUGCCCUCCCGGCUACCUUGUUCAGCUGUCAUCUCCUGGAUGAGCAUGGGGGGACCAGACCCGAGCUCAGGCCCUUCUGGGGGCUGUGGUCACCCAUGGCCUCUGGCUACCAAGCCCCUGGGCCCUCCGAUGUGCUGCUCCCUCCCACGGCCGAUCCCACGCAGCUGCCUCCUGGGAUGGCCUAUCCUGUCCCAGGGAGCGAUCCGGAGGGCCUUCCUCAGCCCUCCCUGCCCCACAAACUGCGCAUCAAGUCCCAAGCCUUGGGCAGAGGACCUCCAGGGUGGGGGAGUGGCCGGGCCCCCCUCUGAGGGCUUCCCCCGGGCAGGGCCAGGCCUGCACAGGGGCGUUGGGACCAACCAUGGGUGUGUCUGGGGAAGAUGGCUUGCCCCUGAAUCAGCCCCCAGGCUGGGCCAGGGCCUGGGAGGGGGUCCACGGCUCAGUGUCCCUCUGGGAGGAGGGGAAGGGCUUUCAUCUUGGAUCAUAGCUUGGUACCCAUCCUGCCUGAAAUAUGUGUUUGGGGUAGUACCUUUUCCGUCCUGCCCUCCCUCUCUCCCUCUCACCCUC